AUGGACGAGAAAGUUCUCGUUACAGGAGCUUCGGGCUACAUUGCCAUGCACAUCGUCAAUAUUCUUCAAUCAGAACGGUACCAUGUUGUAGCAUGCGUUGACUCUCAAGAAAAAGCAGACCGUAUUUCAUAUGCCUACGAACACUAUUACCCCUAUGCUGUGUUGGAUGCUGUGAUUGUCAAAGACACUGCAGCACCAGAUGCAUUUGAAGAAGUGUUUGAAAAACAUCCUGAUAUUCAGCAUGUCAUUCACACGGCGCCUCCCGCAUCCUUAGGAGAGGGCAAUACGGCGGAAACCUCGUAUUUGAAACCGGCGACAGAGGGCACCAUCAAUGUGCUUGAAUCCAUCAAAAACCACGGAACAAAUGUCAAGCGUGUAGUGGUGACUUCGUCCUUUUCUGCACUUAUGGAUUUGGACAAAGCUGGCGAUCGUAAAUGCGUUAUUUCGGAGGAAUCCUGGAACCCAAUUACCUGGGAACAGGCCAAGCACAAAGACAGCAAGGCGUACGCCGCUUCCAAGAAGAUUGCAGAACAGAUGGUGUGGAAAUUCUACGAAGAAAAUAAGGAUUCGGUGGGCUAUACGGUGACUACUGUGAAUCCUCCGUACGUCUUCGGACCUCACGUCUUUGAAUGGGAGCUAGAAAGUGGUGAAUGGAACACUACGGCCCAGUUCAUAAAGAAAGCGCUCGACAUGUCGCCCGAUGACUUUGGGCCUUUACUCAAGCCCCGUGGCAUAUGUUGUGAUGUCAGAGACGCAGCGCUGCUGCACGUCUUGCCGCUAAGAAAUCCGAAGUUGGUUGGCAAACGGUUGUUCCCUGUGAAUGGAACUGGUGUCAGGCAACACAGUUAUGAAGAUGGAAAGUUUAACUUGCAGAGGAUUGUGGACAUUCUAAACGCAACUUUCCCAGAGUUAGAGGGGAAAUUACCAGCUGGUUCUCAAGUGCAAAAUCAAGCCAAUCUCGACCAAUUGGCUCGCUAUAACAACGACGAGACGUGCCAAUUGACCGGCAUGGAAUUCAAAUCGUUUGCCAUUACGCUUCGGGAUGCGGCACUUCAAAUCAUGAAAGUGGAGUCGAAGAAGUGA